UCACUACUGCGACAAAAUUCAAUGUGAGCUAUUAUAAAAAUUAUAAACUUGUUUCCAACUUCGAGACCAAAGAAAACUUUGCACUAUACCUGUGCGGAACCCCCCCUCCGACCAAUUUGCCACCCGGUACGAAAAACUUCUCGAUCCCACUAAGUAAUGACGCCAUUCAAGAUUCUAGUGAAAUUCCUUUUCUUGAAGCCCUUGGACUUAGAUCCUCGAUUAAAGCUAUAGACGACUCGGUAGCAUCUUUUGUGGUUUCCCCAUGCUUGCAGUCCUUGGAGAAUAAUAUUUCCGUCCUUAAUAGCAACAACAAAACCUCAGAAGCCAAAAUUCUUUCUGUCAUUAGUGCAGUGUUUGGUAAUGAGCCCAAUUCAUCGGUUUCCAAGUUCGUGAGCACAUCCUCCAUAUAUGAGCCUAGCGGGUUGGAUCGCGCUGAAUGGAUAAAAUUCUAUUCAACUUUCUUCAAUCUCGAAAAUCAGGCAAACAACAUCUACAAUCAAAUUGACAGCAAUUAUAAUUGUCUGAAGAAUGUGGCAGCUUCCAACGCUCAAUCCACAAAACCCGUAGUCGCAUGGGCUGUAUAUAUUGCUCCUUCUAGUUACAAUAACAACACCGCUUCUUGGGCAAUUGCAGAUGCUUCUUACAAAAAGUCGUUUACCGAAGACGCUGGUGGUACCUACUUUAAUCUUUCUACCCUCACCUACUCCACAAGCUCGGACUUCCUGUCUGCCAUUGCAAACGUUGAUAUCUUAAUUGACGAGACUUACCUUGCCAACAGCAUCUCCGAUGUUUAUAAGAAUUAUGGUUUGACAGCAAAUAGUAACUAUAAAUUUGUGAAGAACUCGGCGAUCUACAGGGAAGAUGGAUUGCAAAACCCUAGCGGAGGGUUGGAUUGGUUUGAGAGUGCAGUGUUGAAGGGUGAUGUCGUAUUGGGGGAUUUGGUUAACGUGAUAAAUCCCAAUUUACCAACGAAAGGAUAUCAAAGAGUAUGGUUCAGGAAUGUCGCCAAAAACGAGAGUUUUAUAAUUUCGAGCGCAACGAAUUGUACAAACACUAGUGCACCAUUAACGGAUCAAUCCAGCUUUUGUUCAAUUCAUGUUGCCGCCG